GCGUGCUCCCGGCGGGAGGGCCGCCCCGAGCCCACACCCCCGCCGCCGAGCGUUCGCCUCCUUCGCCGAGAGCCGGCGCGGCGGUAGCCGCUCGCUCUCGGGCCGCUCCCCCCCGCCAUGAAGGGCCGUCGGCGGUGGUGCUGGCGGGGGGAGCACCGCCGCUUGGCGCUGCUGCUGGCGCUCUACACGCUGCUGCUGCUGCUGCUGGUGCCCUACGUGCUGGACUACGGAGCCCGGCGGGCGCGGGCGGACGAGGAGCCGCUGCUGCGGCGCUGCCCCAGCCUGGAGGAGGCGCUGAGCGAGUGGGGCUGGGAGCAGCGCCCGCCGCCGCCCGGCGACGAAGACGACGACGACGAGGAGGCGGCGGCGGCGGGGAACGGCAGCGGGGCGGGCAAGCGGCACAUCUACCUGCACGCCACCUGGCGCACGGGCUCGUCCUUCCUGGGGGAGCUGUUCAACCAGCACCCCGACGUCUUCUACCUCUACGAGCCCAUGUGGCACCUGUGGCAGGCGCUGUACCCCGGCGACGCGCUCAGUCUGCAGGGCGCCCUGCGCGACAUGCUGCGCGCUCUCUUCCGCUGCGACUUCUCCGUGCUGCGCCUCUACGCCGCCCCCCCCGCCCCUCGCGACCCGCUGGGCGCCGCGCCGCCCGCCGCCAACCUGACCACGGCCGGCAUCUUCGGCUGGCGGACCAACAAGGUGAUCUGCUCGGCGCCGCUCUGCCCCGCCGCGCCGCGGCCGCGCCGCGAGAUCGGCCUGGUGGACGGCGCUGCCUGCGAGCAGCGCUGCCCGCCGCGGGCGCUGCGCGAGCUGGAGGCCGAGUGCCGCAAGUACCCGGUGGUGGUCAUCAAGGACGUGCGGCUGCUGGAGCUGGGCGCGCUGCUGCCGCUGCUGCGGGAGCCCGGCCUCAACCUGCGCGUGGUGCAGCUUUUCCGCGACCCGCGCGCCGUCCACAACUCGCGCCUGAAGGCCAAGCAAGCGCUGCUCCGCGAGAGCAUCCAGGUGCUGCGCAGCCGGCACCGCUCCGAGCCCCGCGGGCCGCCCCGCCCGCAGCAGCCUCCGCUCCCGCCCGGCCUGGGGCUGCUGGGCGCCGGGCGGGCACCCGCGCAGCACCGCGCCGAGUUCUUCCUCGGCGGAGCGCUGGAGGUGAUCUGCCAGGCGUGGCUCCGCGACCUGCUGCUGGCCCGCCGCAACCCCGCCGCGCUGCGCCGCCGCUACACGCAGCUGCGCUACGAAGACCUGGUGCGGGAACCCCGCGCGCAGCUGCGCCGCCUGCUGCGCUUCGCCGGCCUGCCCGUGCCUCCCGCCAUGGAGGCCUUCGUGGUCAACAUGACCCGCGGCGCUGCCUACUCCUCCGAGCGGCCCUUCCUCAUCUCCGCCCGCGACGCGCGGGAGGCCGUGCACGCCUGGAGGGAGCGCCUCAGCCGCCAGCAGGUGCGGCAGGUGGAGGCGGCGUGCGGCGAGGCCAUGAGCCUGCUCGCGUACCCGCUCAGCGCCGGGGAGCGGCGGUAGAGGAUGGAUGGAGAUCCUCCGGCAGCCAGCGAGGGGCGAGGAGGCCGUGUGUGGCGUGGCCGUCGGGCGGCAAGAUCUGAGCGUCUGCUCUGAAGGAGCGUUGGGGACGGCCGCCAAGCUUUGAGGGGGCAGCAGGGAUGCGCUUCUGAGAGUUCUGAGGUGUUUGGUAGGAGAGGUCCUCACUGGACGGCUUCGAGCUCCAAGGCCUACUGGACAUGAAACUGACGUGCCAAGAGUUGUAAGUUCUUAAAACUUGUAUUAAAUUGAUAAAGACUUUGAGCAAACACUCAGAAAACUCAUGCAAGAGCAUCGCCCUUUCCAGAGCAUAAAACACAUCUGGUUACACACUGUUACAACACGUGAAGAAAGUAUUUGUGGAACUCCCUGUGGGAUUUGGCUGCCCAUGCCUGGCAGGAGCCGCUCUGCCUAUGGUCUGAUUACCCUACAGGCACUGCCCGUACCUCCCUCAGCUCCCACCUGCAGCUGUGCCCUCCGAGCACUGGGAGGAGCAACAUGAGCAUUUGUCUGCUUCUGUGUCUUGAGGACAUCUGUUCCAGAAAGUCUGCACUUUUCUAAACUAGACUGUAAUCCUUUUUUAAAGAGAAGUGUUCUAAGAAACUGAUAGGUGUGAUACCAGUGGCGAACGUGCUUUUUGCAGAUUCCUUUAGAAGUGACAUUAUCUGGGAGGUGAAUGCUUGACAUUUCCAUUUUGUUUUCUCAAUCAGCUGAGAGAAUGCCUUUCUAUCCCAGCUUCCUGGCUGAGACAAUGAGCUGCACAGAGCUCCCAUGCUCACAUCCCCUCCCAGCGAUAACAUCCUCUCAGCUGUAGCUCUUGCAUGUGGACAGAGCAAACGCUGCCACACAAGGCUGAGCAAUCCAUCCUGGCAAAAGAAGUCCCCAACUAAAAGUCUGUAUUUAUUAAAAAAAAAAAAAAAAAAAAAAAAGCAACACAUCCUUAAGUUUCAUUUUGGGUUUCCAGAUGUUGUUUUCCUGUAGAUGUUCUGGGGUUCGUAUGAGGAGGGUGUGCAUGUGUGUGCAUGCAAGUCUCUUUUUUUCCAUUGCUUAAUUGGGGACAGAAGGUUGAAGAUUUGUGGGCACUCACUGUAACUUUUUAGGAACUGCUCUUGCGUCUGUUCUGAUCUGACAGCAGCUAAAUGGUACCUUGGGAGUACAUAAGGCUGUGGAGAUGCUGACAUAGAAUCCUCGAGCACAAAGUGAGAACAUGAGCUUCAGAUGGAGGAUAAUCCAGGCUCAGAACAAAGCUGUGUUUAUAUAGAGUGCUGGAAACAAAGGCAGAAAUCACGUUAUCUUACAAGACACGUUUGCAUUGCAUUGUAGUUUUUCAUGCUUUGGGUGUUGCGCUGUAAAACAUGUCAGUGUGUUAGGGCCAACUGUAAUUUACUGUAGCUCUUUUUCUUCCUUGGCCUUCCCACCCAAGAGCAGUGCCAUUAGCAUUGACACAGAUGCAAUCAGGAGCAUGCUAUUUGUGCUGGUCUGCGUUCAGCAAGUUGCAGCCUAGGAACUGUACGGUGCAGCUGUUAAGCACUCACUUCACUUGGCAGAGAACCUCAUCGUGCCAGCUCAGGAUGCAGUGGUGUGACACAAGGAGCUGUGGGAAACACAACCUCAGGUUCACUUUUACUGGUUUGUUGUGAGAAGUGUUGUUGUCCAACCAAAAUUCAUGCUUAUUGCUGAUAAAAUCCACUAAUUGUAAACUAGUCUGUUUUCUGAAACAGUUCCCACACUAGACAGAUGUGUUUUCUGUAUCAAGAUUUAUUUUUUCUCCACAGAAGUUUCCUGUUCUCUUUGUUAGUGGUUCAUUCAGUUUUUUUCUCACCCCAAGCUGUUCUCCUAAGACCCGAUCUAGUUCUUGUCUUUUUGUGUGUGUGUGUGUACCAUGAGAAGGGAUCUGUUCUGCAAAGUGUAUAAAAAUACAGCAAGUGCAAUUUCUGUUUUGUGUUCAGGGCAUGAGAGUUUAUUAGAAGGCCCUGUAAAAAGAUCAGCGGGGAACAAACAAAACUGAAAAAUGAAGAAGUAGCAGUGAGAGUGCAGGAUGUGCAAGAGCACCAAGGGUUAGACAGCAAUUGCUCAAUGGCAGAUGUUGUGACUGCAGCACUUCAGCCCGGGCAGGACCUGCUGCAGUGCCACCAUCCCAGGAGAACAGCUGAGGCUCACCACCUACUUUGCUCCUAAAGCAUUGUGAUGGAUGUUUACAGCACGUCCUUGUUGGCCUGGUAACCUGAACCUUGUAGGAAAAACAUUGCAGUGUCAAACAACAGCAUCGGUCUGUGCCUGAAAGGACAGAAGAAAUGUGUGGGGUUGGGGGUGGGUGCUGGAGCUUUGUGGGAAGAGCUCUCUGGAAGGGCACCCAGCCUGCUGGGUGUUGGGUGCAGGACAGCCAGGGUUAAGCUGCAUUUUGGCAGUGGCUGCUCUUCUGUGGCGUGGUUAAUGAGCUCUGCUGCUGUGCUGGGCAUCUUCUAGAACGCAGGGGACCGGUAAGCAUGCUGCAGCUGAGCUGAACUUGGCAGGCUGGGAAUCAGUUGGUGCUGGGCUGCAGAGCUUUAGUAGUUUAGACUGAGAUUUGGGAACAGUCUAUGCUUGUGUCACGUUCCAUGUAAUGAAUUAACAGGUUUAAUCUGUUAAGUCGUAGUUGGAACUGGGAACAAAACCGACAAAUGCUUACACCAUUAUUUCUGUCAUCUGGUUUUACUUUUUACUUUUUACUGGUUUAUUUUUUGAUCAUGGUGCAUUUGCCUUAAGGGAGGUAGAAACUUGAGUCUUCUAAUCGUAUGUAAAGUGCUUUGCUCUAAGCGAGGUAUUUCCAUGCUGGAAUUGCUAAUUGUUCUGUUCCCAUCUUAUAUCUGUACUUAAACUGCUGGGCAACAACUGCAGUGACACGCUUGUGAGAAGCAGUGAAAGCGCAGAGUGAAGAAACACACAGCUCCUUGUGUUACUUACACGUGCUGACACUUCACUUGCAGAUCCCCACGCUGUGUGCUCACAUACUUUAGAUAUCAUGGAAAUGUUUUCGUUGCACUGAGGUGUUUAUUUCUUCGGUUUCUAUUUGCCUGCACAAAGCUCUCGCUGAUGCAGAAUCCACCGAGGAAUGCUGGAGCGGUCGUGGAGAAUGGUGGCAAAGUCACUUAUGGAAGAGCUGUGGUGUUGCAUUGCUCUGCUUGGUGCUGUCCCCGCUCACUGAAUAUGGUGAAAAGUUCUGAGUUUCUACAUGAAAUUCUCUUCACACAUCACUACUGCAGCUUUCAGUAAGCCAGAUUAUGAAAACCAGUGCAGAACUCCUGGGUUUAUUACAGUCAUGCAAUUGGAUAACAUUUUGGUGAGGAACAGAGCUCUGUAGACCCAAAGGCAUUGAAGUGGUGGUUUCUGCAAGCAUGGGACUUGAGGUACUGCCUGCCAGUGAUGCUGUCUUUGGCACCAGGCAAGUGUGGCUUCCAUCACCAAGCUGUUGUGCCCUGCUGAUGACCUGCACGCUGUUUCUUGGUGUUAGUGAACAGCAAUCAGGGCUUUCCCCGAUGCCGCCAAGUUUUUCUCCCUGUUUCUAACUGUCUAACUUUGACAAACUUUAACUGUAUUUAGGCUGAGUCUUUUCCUGUUGGGCUCGAGGUUUGAUUCUCUUUGGGGAACUUAAUUCAGUGGAGUGCAUCUUCUUUAAAACCAGGGUUGGGAUGUGGUGGUGUCGCACGCACAUCCAACUGCUCUCAGAGAUGGCUCUGUGAGGUCAUUGUGUCACUGUGGCGCUGUGGGAGAAGUUUGGGCUGGGGGAAUGACUUCCAUGUAAGCAAUGCACGUGUUUGGUUUUUACUGUUACUACUCUCAGUUGGCCAAAUCUUUGCAAAAAAACUGUUAGCAUGUGCUAGUAAAAGUGGUUUUUGUA